UCGAGGAUCGCACGCGGUGGUUGCGCGCAUUAUAUUGUUCAAUUGAAAUGUGUAAAUUAAUGUGAUUGUGAAAAUUUUUAUCAAAAUGUUCUGCCUUUUUUCAAAUAGAAGUCAUGAAUCAUUGUUUGCUUAAGUGAAAGUAAAAUUAAAAAUGGUGUAAGAUGACAUCGACUGAUACCUAUCAAUUAAAAUGGCACUCGCACAGUUCGCAUUUAAACGGUUCCGUAGCCGCUUUGCUACGUUCGGAGCGAUUCACAGAUGUGGUACUCUGUACAAUGGACGGAUCACAAAUUCCAGCUCACAAGUUUAUAUUGAGCUCAUGCAGCGUGUACUUGAGCACUUUGUUCGAAGGACAACGCUCUGUAACGCGCAUGGGCGGAAUGUUAUAUGUAGUAUUACCUUCGGAAAUAUCUACAAAAGCGCUAAAGAUUCUAGUGGAAUAUAUGUACAAAGGAGAAACAACAGUAUCUAAUGAAGUAUUAGAUACAGUUUUAAAGGCUGGAGAGGUUCUAAAAAUUAGGGGCCUCUGGAGGCAGACUGAUGACCCAGGAGGUGACACACCAGCUGAAAAAACAAGCACUCAAUCUGUUAAUAAACAAACAAAGAAAUCAGAGGAACAACCAAAGAUUACGGUUAAGAAAGAUGACAAACUCCUCAAAUCUUUCAACCCGGUUCAACCUCAGGGUGUCACGAGACCAAUGUUCAUCGGUCCACCGAAGCUUGUCUUUAUUAAGACAGCGGAUGGCGGGACGCAAGCGGCACUUCGUCCGGGCGCACCAAAGGGGCAAACUAUUCUGGUCGCACCCGCAGCCAACACCGAAGUGACCACCGCGACGGUCACCACACCUACGGCGACGACAACGGCCACCGUAUCUAAUACGACAGAAGACUCGUCGGAUGACACGCCACCUCCGCGUAUAUUGAGACGUCAUGCGGCCGAACGCAAGUACGGGAAGAGGCAAAAGACUGAUAAUACGGAGAAAGAGACAAAAGAGAAAGAGCCUGAGGAACAAGACAACGCGUCGGUUAGUUCAAAGAAAUCCAACCCGAUCUUUUCAGAGAUAAACACCGAAGUGCACGUCAAAGACGAACCGGAGUGGGACGCUAGCAGUAUAGAGGAAGAGGAGCGGUCUAUCGCGGAGAUGUUCCAAGCGGAGAUGAGCGUUAAGUCCGAACCGAUUGACGACAUGGACAUCGAGGAAGAAAGUUUGCUGUACAGUCCGCUGGCGUGCGAGCUGUGCGCGGAGGUGUUCACCGUGCCGGCGGCCUGGGUGCGCCACGUGCAGAACCACGCGCGCGACCACCACCACCACCCCAGGCGCCGCAAGCAUCGCUCAGCUAGCGAUGACACAGAAGAGACAAUGGCAUUGCUAAGAUGUGAUCUAUGCCAGAAACACUUCCCAAACCCAGCUGAAUGGGUCAGACACAUCCAGAGCACACACACCGAAUCAGAAUUGGCCAUAUCAAACAACAGUGCCCCACCAAAACGUCACAAUCGUUUCACAGAGGGCGCGCAAAACAAAACUUGCUCGUUCUGCAAGAAGACAUUCCCGUCGCACGCCUCUAUGCUCAUACAUAUGCGUACUCACACAGGAGAGCGUCCUUUCGUCUGCGGUCUCUGCAACAAGGGGUUCAACGUGAAGUCGAACCUGCUGCGGCACCUGCGCACGCUGCACGACCAGGUCAUCAGCCCCGCGCGCCUCGACGACGACGACUGCGCGCCCGACGACGACGCGCCCGGCACCAGCGAGCCCAAGCGCGAGUCUUGAGGGCGAGGAGGGGGGGCAGGCAGAGGUCGCGGCCGCCGAGCGGCGCUCGUGUCGGCGUUGUCCAGCGACUCCGCUCUGCGCAAGCAGAGCUACUCGCUGUUCCUCAAGCAGCGCGCCGUGCUCUUCUCCGCCAAGAAGUGGAAAUAGUAGCGCCUUACCCGCUGCCACGAACUCACGUGUGAGCGAUUGCCGAGCUACGACUGGAGGACACCUCUAAUAUAUUGAGCGUCUCGGUUGUUAGACGUCGCAUUUCAUACGUACUUAUCGAGUGGAUAUAGCGAUACAUUGAUUCAAAAUUUAAUCUUUUUUUUAUUUUUAAUAUUGUCAAUUUGUUAUUUAAUUAUUGAAAACAAAUGCGACGUCUAAUAUUAUUUCUUUAAAUCGACACACGCAGUUCAGAAAGUAACAUAAAUAGACAUUCAAAUCAGGUGUAUAAAAUACACAUUCGAGCAGCAUUUGGUUAUGUGUUAAUGUGAAGAAUGAAAACGUGAGCGAGUGACUUAAUUUCUUCUGAAAUGAUCUCAUCAUGUCGAUUAAUUUAAUUCGAUCUACCGCCUCCGUUGGUUCUUACACAGUUUGAUUGUUUAUACUAUUAUGAACAGAGUAAAAAAACAAUAAUCCUUAUGUUACUUUAAUCAGCGAUCAUCAUAAUGAUUGGAGAAUUUCUGCAUGCGCUAUUAUAUCGAACAAGUUUGCGUACGACUUUAUCAAGUUACACGAUUAUAAGACGUGUCGCUGACUUAGUUCCUAUGGUACCGACAGAUUAUGAAGAUGGCUGAUGUUAAUGAAGAGUUAUGCAAACUACUAUAGAAGUCAUGGCAGCGGGCUCGGCGUUCACUUUCGUAUCCUGCCCACCCUCCUUAUAAAUUUUAAUCUUAUAUUUAAUUGAAUUUUAUCCCUACGAUUAAUUUUUAUUGAUCCUUAAUAUUUAAGUUCAAUAGUUUAGCAUAGUUUUAAGUAUUUCAUGUGAUCUUUGAAUAUUUCUGGUCAGUUUUAUUUAUAAGUAACAUUUAAGUUAUCCUUUAGAUUAAGUUUAGUCGUGGACACUAUGUCCGAACAGAUUGUAUUUUUCUUUAGUAUUAUAAACACGCACUAUUCUAUUCUUACGACGGAUGAGCAAAGAAUGUGUUGUAAUCAUAAUAUAACAUUUUUACUUAAUGAUCACCAUUCCAAAUGUUAGAAGUAAAUAUUUUGUGUUUUAUGUAUUAUUUCAAUACUCAUGUGUAACAUGGAAGUGACAUUCAAGUUAUAGCUAUUUUAUAUGAUAGUAUGUCGAAAUAAACAAAACUUAAAAGAUUA